UAAAAUAAAAAUAAUAAGUAAAACUAAAAGAAGAAUAAGAGUAAGAGUAAGAAUAAGUUGAGAAGAUAUAUAUAUUGGAGAAGGAAAAAAUAAAAUACGUGAGGAUAAAUAAAAUAAAUAAUUCAGGAGUUAAGCGCAAUGUACGUUCAGACGAGCGGUAGUAUGCUGGCGAUUUUGCUGGCACUUAUUGCUGCUGGUGGGUCAGUUGUUGGGACCGAGGGAAAAAGAGUCGCACCACUUAUCGAUGAUGACUGGACCAAGAGACCACACCGCGCUGCCGAAUGCACUUUCGGAAAGCAACUACGAGAAUUGGGCUCAACAUGGUACGCAGAUCUGGGGCCGCCUUUUGGAGUGAUGUAUUGCAUAAAAUGCGAGUGCAUACCAAUACAAAAAAAACGACGCAUUGUUGCCAGAGUACAAUGUCGCAAUAUUAAAAACGAAUGCCCGAAAUUGAAUUGUGAGGAGCCGGUUUUAUUACCUGGAAAAUGCUGCAAAUCUUGCCCCGGUGAAUACAGCGUGGAACUUGCGCAGGACUUGCCGAUACAGCAAAAUGUUGAAGAAGAGGAACGAAAUUUCAAAUACUUCGGAACUUUAAUAAGCGGUAAAACAUCACGGCAGAUAGUAGACAGCGUAAAUGAAUCAACAAAUUAUUUAGCUGCGUCAGAGUACGUAGCAACGGGACGUUUUACAUUUAACCGCAAGAAUCUCUAUUACUCAUUUUACUUGAGUGCAUCAACACCGCGCCCAAGAAGUAUUCAGUUCAUCGACAACACGGGGAGUAUCUUGGAAGAGCAGACAAUAGACCCAGUGGGCGGAGUGUACCAAAAUGCGACUGGUAAAUUGUGUGGAGUGUGGCGACGAGUACCGCGUGACUACCGAAAACUCAUGCGAGAAGAGCAGCUGUACGUGUCACUCAUCUGGGAGACACCGACAACUGCAACAACGUCAAAAGCACUCCUCGUGGGUCAACUCACGCGCUACAAAGCUCUCUCCACCGAGCAGUUUUCUUCCUUGCUUGAACCAGCAAUGGGAGUAGACAGGACUUUGAUGUACGGAGCUGCAGGUACAGCCAUAAUAUCAGUGUCUUCAGCAUCAGCUCCUUCCAUCCACGUGUCCCUGGUCUUCAACGGACUCUUCCUGCCCAACGACAUCCUGGACGUCCCUUUGCUAGUCACCAUCGAGCACCAAGAGAAGGACUACGUCCUCCUCCAAGAAGCUAUCAUCGUCGACAAGCCUUCUUCUGAUGUUAACUUCGGAGAAGUAAGAAGCGCUCUUUCUGCUACUGACUUGCGCUUGCUGUCUCGAGGGAAAUUAUCCAUCACAGUUGCUUCUAAAAAAGACCCACAGGCAGUUAAAUUGACCGGAACAAUUGGAACCAGAGCUACUUGCGACAUGUACCAAGCACUCUUGCCAUCAGAGCCUUCAAGACAUGCAUCAGGUCUAGCCUGGGCUUAUCUAGAUCGCUACGGAGUCCUGAAGUACGGCGUGAAGCUUGCUGGUCUUGAUGAAGAAAGCCCUCUGGUGACUUUAGUCGACGACGGAGGCAAGCGUAAGACAGAAUUGGAAGACCUUACACCCACUUUAAUUGGUGGCUCCACUGCUAAUGGAUCCUUGGACCGUCCAGGACCCAGAUUGUUGGAGACUUUGUUCAAAGGAGAGCUUUCUGUGGUCGCUUCUUCACCAGCUGGCGCUGUUCUUAGAGGAAGACUGUCUCAGAGACAUAUUGCAGAUGCUAAAGACACUUGCUCGCCUGCGUUGUUGACUUCUUCGGUGAGCGGCUCUGUGGUAGGAUUGAUCUGGCUUGCGAUAGACACGGAUUGUUCGCUUCAUUAUGAGUUAGAGCUUACAGGAUUGCCGGAAGAUGAUCAAAAGGACAUUGGGGAAGAUGAAGAAGAUGUUAAGAAUCGCAGGUUGUAUUUGGAAACUGUUCCUUUGCUGGUUGAAGGCGCGCCGGUGUCCAGGAGACUGCUUGAAGAGUUUGAUGGAAAUAUCUUGGAAGGUUCUGUCACUGGAUUGUCGCUGAUUGAGUUAUUUAGGAUUGAUUCAGGAAUUGGAUUUCUGGAAGUGGUUGAAGUUGAUGGCAAUACCAGCACCAAGUUGGUGAGGACCAAGUUUAAGGCUCGUGCGCCUUUGAGUUGUCUUCCUCAUUAUGCUGAUAAUGAUGUUGCUUCGGUGUUGGUUUAUAAUCCUCACUCGCCGAGUUCGGAGCUGGAGAGCACUUCUUGCUUUCAUGAAACUAAGUUCUAUGAGGAAGGGACUCAGUGGACUGCGCACUCUGAUCCUUGUUCUAUGUGUCAUUGUCAUCGAGGAACUGCAACUUGUGAUCCUGUUCCCUGUCCGCCUCUCAGUUGUCCUGUUAGUUUGAGGAUCAAGCCGCCGGCUGGGCACUGCUGCUCUAUAUGUCAAUUACCUAGUGACAAUACAACGAGGACGACGCCCAAUCCGAUGACGUCAACGAUGUCUUCGAAGAAAAGUAGCACUGAAGCUCUUCGUGGUUGUACUCUCGCAGGACAAUUUCACGUUGCUGGAGCUGCUUGGCAUCCUUAUUUACCACCCUCUGGUUUUGAUACUUGUGCAAUUUGUACUUGUGAUCCAAUAAAUUUAAUAGUAAGAUGUCCACGGGUCCAAUGUCCAGCAUUGGAUUGCGAUGAAAAAACAGCGAUAAGACCAGACAAAAAAGCCUGUUGCAAGCAGUGUCCAGUGGUGAACGUGAUUCCCAUUUCCGGCACUCAAGGCCCGAUAACCAGUGAUCCUUCAUUGCCACGUGACCAGGCGAUAGUCCAGUCGCUUUAUGUCCCGAAACGGACUCCAGAAGAUAUUCUGGCCGACGGUGGAUGCAGAUAUCCCGUAGGUGGGCCCUACGAAAACGGGCGAGACUGGCACCCCAAGAUUCACUCCCACGGGGAAAUAAAAUGCGUCAAGUGUCGCUGCAAAAAUGGUGAAGUGAAGUGCGAUAGGAAGCGAUGUCCACGGUCCCUAUGCAAUUCGAUCGUUAACCAGCUCAAGCGAGGGGAACGGAUUCCGGAAGCAGACGAUUGCUGCACCGUACAGUGUAAACGUUCACGACGGCAUCACCGUAAUCAUCGUAACCACCAUCAUCAUAGUAAUAAUCAUAAUCACCAUCAUCAUCAGCAGCAACCGCAACAACAGCAACAGCAACAGCAACAACAAAAUCAGCAGCAGCAACGUUAUUACUCGUCUUCGGCAUCACCAAAAACUUCCAAGUACUCGAUGACGUCUCGUGAUCUCAGCUGAGAUCUCUGAUGGUAAUCCGUUAGAUCGGUUCUCUUAAUCAGUCCAGAUGUAUUUUUAUUUUUAAAAUUAUUACUAAAAAAGCCAACACACACUAGGGUUAUUGCACUUCCUCUCAUUAUUAUUAAAUAAAUAAUAAAAAAAAAUAUAUAAGUU